AUGAAAUGUCGCCAAGAGCAAUGUACAGUUACUGAAUGUACUUUUGAUCAUCAAUCCUCAACCAACAACUCAUCGCAAAAUAGAUCGAUCAACCUAGAGUCAGAUACCUUGGCACUACAAAAACUGCCAUCUGCAAAACCAACGAUGACUUUUCGCAGCGAAAAACCAUGCAGGUACGGCGAUGAUUGCCGAAAUAUUGUCUGUCGUUUUAAACAUAAGAACAGAAAGAAGUGUAAUUUUCUCGUAAAUUGUGUCAACUUGGCUUGUACAUUGGAUUAUAGUUCCUUGACAAAUCCCAGUAUCUACAGUAGAGUUCAACAACGUUAUCUUGAAAGCAGAAAGCAACAAGAAAUGAUCGAUGAUUCAUCCGAUGACGAAAGUGACAACCAAAGCACAACAAGCACGGAGUCUGCAAUGAAACAUCACUUUCAUUUGGAUGACUUCAGUGAUACUGACAGUGUUACGUCUGUUGAUUCUGUGAAAUCUGAACGAAAGGUUGCCCCUCAAGUAUUGAAAAACACAAGUUUUCAACCGGCUUAG